AUGUUAAAAAGUUAGUCGCACUCAGCUCUUCUUGACUCAACUACCUUUAAUAAGUAGUCCAAUUCGAGAUUGAGAAAAGAUUCAAAUGUAACUGCAUCUUCAUCAUACUUGAAAUUACCGAAUAUUGAGACUUCUCCAGAGUAUAAAACAGUAAAGGAGCUAAAAUAGCACUGGAAUGUUUCAACUAAUUUACCGACUUUGUGCUUGAAUAAGGGUUGGAUGAACCCUAUAAAGACCUAUCAAUCUGAGCAAUCAAGAGAAUUGGCUCUCACAGUUGAUAAUCAAAACUCUACUACAAUCACUCAAUCUAAAAGAAUAAAUGGUAGUUCUUUAAUCAACCCAAAUUCUAUUAUUUCGAAUGAAUACAAGAUGAAGGAAAAUCCAUUUAAGAUAUUCAAGGAGACUGAGAAACUUCUUUACAAUUACGAGAAUAUAAAGAGAGUCUAGGAAGAAAGUUAUAUUUCCCCUAUUUAAGUUCCUUUAUAGCUUAAAAGCCAUAAAAAUCGAGAGGGAAUUGUGAGGGAUAUUAAUGACAUUGAACCUUUAAAUUAGCCUGUUCGACUUUAAAACAAAAAAAAGCGCAUGCUGAAAAGCUAAUCAGCUGCAACUCUUCAUAAUAACUAGAAUAAUCCUAAUAGCACAGCUAUAGCUGUAAUAGAUAAAACUUUAGAUAACUCCAAUGCACAAUUAACUUUUCAAGAUAUGAUUGAUAAGUUUGAUUAGCAAAGUAUGUUCUCUAAAAAGACAAAACUAAGUUCUAAGUUAGCUGCUCUUGACAUUCUUCGUAGAAAUAAUCAAUUCAGUGAAACACCCAAAGAGUUUGUAACGCUUACCAGAGAUAUACUAAGGUCUAACAUGUCAAUUUAGAAUAUUAAUGAGGAGUCAGAGCGUCUUAAGGACUAUAUCAUUAUGGAGUAGGAGAAAAUAAGAGAGGCUAAGCAUCAAUUUGAUGAAGAUUGCCAGAGAUUUCAUGAUUAUUUGGAGCAAAUAAAUUUCAAGAAUUCUGAGUUAAAUGGCGAGCAAGAGAAACUUAAAAAAGAAAAAAACGGCUUAUCUAAAGAGAUAGACGAUAUUAGCUCUCAAAUCAAAGAAAUUAAGAAUGACCUUAAGAAAGUUGAUACAUAGUUAACUGAUUAUAAAGAACUUAAGAGUUUUGUUAAGCAAGUUCUGAAGCAAACUUCCAAGGAUGAGAAAAAGCCCACCAGCAGCAUAAAUGAUGAAAUGAAUGUAUCUGAUGAAGAACCUGAGGACCAGAGUAGCGUCUUUAUUACUAAAACUAAGAGAGCUGAUAAAGCUGGAAAGCCCUAAAAAGUAGUUGAUGAGGAUUUACCUAUAAACACUAAAUAAUUCAAAAAGCUGAUCAUGCACCUUAAAAAAGAGAAUUUAUUCAUAAUAGAAAAUAUUAAUGAAGAGGAAAAACUUCUUGAAAAGCAGGUUAAAGACACAAAUUCGGUAAUUGAGUAGAAAGAAUUAGAUUUAAAGCUAUAUGAGGAAAAUUUGAUAAGGCUUGAAAAUUAAUUAAAGAAUAAGAAGGACAGGUAAACAUACUUCGAAUAAAAAACAGCCAGUAACAACAAAAAUUAGAAUCAAACGAAAUAACAAAAGCAGUAGCAGAUCUCUGAUAUGAAUAGAUUGUAUGAAGCUAUAUACAAGAUAUGCCAGAUCAUUGAACCAGGCAAAGAUAACAACAAAGACUCAGUUAAAUAACUUGAAUAGAUUGAAAAUAGGUUGAAUUAUCUUUUGGAAGCUCGAGAAUAUAUAGUUAACAACACAGAUCAAAGACCUGAAGUAUAAAAGCGUAUUUAAGAAGUCUAUGAUUGCGAAAGAAGACUUGAUAUUUAAAGGAGAAAUUUAAAGGUGGAGAGGCUUAAGAAGGCUGAGAGAGAUUAGAUACUUCAAUAGCAAAUAAAGAAUGAUGAGAGAGCUAGAAAGAACAUGGAGAAAAAAAUUAAUAAUACUGCUCGCAAAAUUAUGACAAGAAGUAGCAAGCCAGACCCAGAGAGAAAAGAAGUCGAAAAGGUUCAGCUCACUCAGGAGCAGUAGGACUAUAUAAAGUAUGUUGUCAAAGAUUGA